CUUGAAACAGCUGAUUGCCUACAUGGGGCCCAGUUUUUAAAAAAUAUAAAAUUUUAAUGCGCUGUGCUGUAAAAAAUUGCGGAAAUAAUAAUCGCAACUCCAACAGAAGGAAAUGGCGGUUCUUUCACUUUCCAAAAGAGGAGGCUCACCUCCAGAGGUGGAUAGAUUUCUGCCAACGGGAUAGCAUUAACCCCGCCACAGCUUGCAUUUGCAACGAGCACUUUGCACCUCUUGAUUUCGAGAGGAAUUUGCAGUACGAACUUGGGUUUACCCGGAAAAACCCAACUAAGCUCAAGCCCGGCUCGCUACCCAGUCUCAACAGACCCCAAAAGUUGGCCAAGGGAAAGGCUGGAAUAGCCAAAAAGGAUUCUAUAAAUGUUUCUUUAGCAGCAUCUCUUAAUGUUGUCAAUAUCGAUUUCGAAUCCUUCCUGGAAGAGCCGCAAUCUCCACAUUCCCAGCAGACCAUAGAAAUCCAACUCUGUAACUCUACUACAGACUUUGAGGUCUUGGAAGAAAGUGCAUCCAGCGAUUACAAUGAAGCUUUGGAGCCACUAAGUACAUCUCAAAGGAGAGCCUCCUCCCAACCGUCUAAAGAUGCAGACACCUCUCAGGAUCACACGCCCUUGGUAGUGGAAAUUCUUGAUCCGCUGAACCCGCAAUCGAAUGCCAAGGAGCAUGUGGAGAUAAUCGAUUCAGAGGGGGACGAUUACGUAAAGCACUUGGAGCACGAAGUGAGUUCUCUGAAGCGGGAGGUGUCUUUACUCAAAAGCGAACGCAAAAAGCUAAAGUGUGAAAUUCGAAAUCUCAAGGCCCUUAUUCCAAAAUUAUAAGUCGAAGAUUAAACCAUUUCCCAAUAUUAAUUAUCCUUAUAAAAAUUGCGUUCCCGGAAAUAUAUUUUUUAAAAUCAUUAAAACACUGUUAGGAAGUAAAGAAAUUAAAUCUUGAAUUGAAUAGUUUUUAGUCUAAAUACAGAAAUAAAAGUAAAGUCCUUGUAGAAAUCAUACAGUUAUGUAUGUAUUAUCAUUUAUAUGUUAUGUUCUAAAUAAAAUUGUAAAAAUGUCAAAUUUUAAUCAAAUACAUAGUAUUCCAUAUUUUGAUGCCUGGCCCUAAUUUAAACGCAAAACAUUAUAUAUUCUAAUUAAACUCUAAUGACAUAUUAAACUUUAAAUACUAUGUGUUUCUGGAAAAAAAUUUAUGGAGGUAAAAAUCUAGAAAAUAUUUGGCUACCUAUGUAGCUAUACCCACUUACCCACACCUUUCCCUUCUAACUACUUAAGCACAAAACCAGCGGGCAGUGGUACUCGAAAAUUUUAUGUUUCGGGUGCGCGUUUAUCUUUCCCAGAAUGUUUUUGGUAAUCGCGGUGCGGUAAUUUCCGCCAAGGACAAAGUCAUUACUGCAGGCAAGAAAUCUGUCCAUAAAUUUUCCCAAUUUCGCCUACCUGGAGGUGUAUAUAAACCAGUGGUCGUCUAGGAAUCGACCUGCACUGCAAGCGAUGUUCUCCGACCGACAACAUCCAUCGCGGACCGGCGACAGCUUCUGGCGGAGCUCCACGGAUCUGGCGCUGGAUCAUUGCGGAACUUGAGGACCGAAUGGCGAGUCCAUCGAACAAAGCACACACUGGGACCAACUCUGAGGAUCCAAUCAUCGCGGUGUCAGCAAAUUAGACGAAUUUAGACAAUUGUAAAUUUUAGUUAAUCCAUAGACCAAUUGUACAUUUUAGGUAAAGUUCUAGAUCAAUUGUAUAUAUGCAUCAUCACAAUUGUAUAUACCUAGUUAGCCCAUUUAGUAUAGGUAGUGAAAUUGUACAUAGGCCUUAUCAAAUUUUUAGCCAAUUCAAUAGACCAAUUGUAUAUACAAACAAACAAAAAUGAAAAAAAUUAUAAAAAAAUAUUGCCUAAUUUUUAGUUAAAUUGUACAUAUUUAAGCAAUUUCUAAAAGUAAUUGUCAUAUUAAAAAUAUGCGUGAUAUUCUUGCAAUAAAAUGAAAUGAAAAAACUGAA